AUGGCUUGCCGCAAGGCCAUCGGAGACGUGCCCAGUGUGAUGUAUCCCACUGUAGCUGAAUGUUUGGCACAUGAGUGGUUUCAGUGCCGAUACCAAGAUGAGGAGUCUGUUGAAAUCAAUGUAAAGAAUCUAAAAUUCUUUCUUUCAAGGAGAAAAUUGCAGCACUUUCUUUCUUGCCAUGGCUCGGUGAUAGUAUUGCAAGCUAUUGCAGAGCUGCUGGAGGCAUCACCUCAGGAAAUCUCCUUAGCUGUCCCCCAAGACCACAGCAGCGCCUCACCAAAUAGUGGCUCCUCCUCUGUGUAUAAUGAUGCUUGGAAUCAGGCCCAGCAGCACAGAAUCAAAGCUGGAGCAGAUGCUAUGAAGAAUCACAAGGCAGUGAUUAGUCCCAAAAAGAGUGAUAUGAGCAGCAAGCUCUCUGUCUGUAAAUUGCAGUUACCAGAAAUGACUGACCUUCGUCAUGUUUCCCCAGCACAAUCAAGAGAGCAGAUGACUUUGGAAAUGUGGGACAACUCCACAUCUCUGUUCCUCUCUGAGGCAGGAGGUUCUACUGGGGAAGAGGAUUGCAGUUCCAGAGGGAGCCUCAACAGUGCCUUCUACAGCUUCCCCCAAGAGCUCUCCUUUAUGUUUCUCAUGUUGAAUGAGAAGGAGAAUUCUAAAGCGUAUGAGGAGGGUCAUAACUAUCACAGGUCUAGUCUGUCUAGCACACUGAAGGAGCCCAUUCUUGAGUACGUGGAGGAUAGUGCAGGUACAGAAAUGAGCAGAAGCCAGAUAUGCAGUUCCAAAUUCAUGGCCGAAUCUUGCUCCUUUGACACUGGGACUGGAAGACUAGGAAGUCAUAGGUCCAAGAUGAAAAAGCAACAACAACAAUGGAGGAGCAGACACUUAGAUGAACAUAUGAAGAUACCUCCAAACUCAUCUGAGUUAAGAGAUGAAGGGACUGAUGCUUUCACCAUCAAUGAAGUUUUCAUUGACAACGAUGAGAAAAAAGGUUUUGAUGAAGAUGAAGAAUGUCUUACCACAUCCCAGUUUUCCAUGGGAGAAUCUUUUAUACUUGACCUGGGUUCAGAGGAGGCCAAAGCUGGAACCGAGCAGCCUGAGGUAGUCUGUUUUAGCUAUGCUAAAAGUAGUCUGACUGACUCUGAAGAUGAAUGCCUUGAAAAUUCCCUUCUGGAGAGCUCCUCAGGGAAAACAUCAGUCUACUCCAUCCUGCAGGGCUCAGAAGAGGUGGAGGCUGAGCAGGAUCCUGAGAUGGAUCCCCUUCUUGAGGAAGUGCAGAUGUCUGAGUAUGAGGAACUAGCAGGGGCAGACAAAUCUGAAAAAAUCCCACAGAAAAACAAUAAUGUCACAGUAAAUUCUGCAACACUGAAAGUACUUCGAGGACACGGCAUUAAAGUUAGGGAUGUUUUCCAGCAGCAUGAUUCAAGCACAGCUCUUGAAGCCAGACCUCCCUUGGGUCAGUCUGGGACCUCUGCACUGAAACAAUUUUCAUGUAAGCAGUCAUGGACAGGUCAGACAUUGUCAUCAACAGAUAAGGGGAAGAGAUUGACAGAAGGAACUUUUCACUCACUGCAGCAGCAACAAAAAUCUCAAGACUUGUCCAUCCCAAAGAAGUUAAAGGCAUCUAUCUCCCUCUUCUCCAAGGUGUUGGAGGCCCGGAAACUGAAGAUAAAUGAUCAAAUCAGAAUGGCAGUAACUGAGCAGGAGUUCCUGUCUCUCACCAUCUUCUCUGUAAAACAGGAAGACCUUGGCAAUUAUCAGUGUGUAGCCAUCAAUGCUGUCGGUCAGGCCUCCACAUCCUGUAACCUGAUUUUGUCAGAGCUGCCCAUUUGCCCUGCAAGCCCUGAAGUAAAUCAAGCAGAGGAGGACAAGGUGCUUCUGAUGUGGGAACCUGUUCCAUCCACCAUUCCGCUUGUUUACUGCAUUGAGUAUAGUCGAGAUGGCGGGGGAUGGAGACUGCUGGUGGAGGAUGUGACGGACACCAGCUACAUGGUCAGUAGCUUACCCAGAGGAGCAGUGUACAUUUUCAGAAUAGCCUGUAUCAACAGAGAAGGGAUGGGACCCUUCAGUGAACCCUCAGCCCCUGUCACCAUUGGAGGCACACCAGAAGAUUUUGACAUUCCUGUCAUCCAUACUGAAUCCCCAGUGAGGGCGAUCAGUGGUUCAGCAGAACAUGCUGCACACCCUACCUACAGCUUUCUCUCAGAGAUCAACAGGGGGCGUUUCAGUGUGGUGACACAGUGCCGGGAGGACCUGAGCAAGCAGCUGUUUGCAGCAAAGAUCACCCCUUACAAGCAGGAGCAGCAACAGUUGGUGUUACGUGAAUACCAGCUGCUGAAAAGAUUGAAUCACACCCACCUUGUCCGUCUACAUGCCGCCUUCCUCACCCCUCGUUACCUAGUAUUGAUUGAGGAACUGUGUGCUGGACAUGAGCUUCUGUACAACCUGGCCGAGAGAGGGCUAUAUGCAGAGAUGCACGUAAGCGAGCUGCUUCAACAGAUUUUGAGUGCUGUGGACUACCUGCACAAAAACAAUAUUGUUCACCUGGACCUGAAGUCUGACAACAUGCUGGUGACAGAUCAUAACCUGCUGAAGGUUGUGGACCUGGGAUCAGCGCAGACCUUUUCCCCUGGCCAGACCCUCUCUGUGGAGCAUGUCUGGGAAUCAAAGGAGAGCAAAGUUUACAUUGUCCUUCCAAAAGCUCCUGAAAUCUUGGGAGGGCACGGUGUGGGUCCUGCGACAGACAUCUGGGCCAUUGGUUUUUUGACUUUUAUAAUGCUCAGUGCAGAAAACCCAUUCCAAUCUAACCUCCUCUGGGAAUGUGAACGCAACAUCAGGAAAGGGAGGAUUCAGUUUGGGAAGUGCUAUCCUGGUCUCUCAGAGGGUUCAGUCAACUUUAUGAAGAGGACUCUCAGCAACAGGCCCUGGGAGAGACCCACAGCUGCAGAGUGCCUCCAGAUUCCAUGGAUUCAGAGCAUGUGCCAGUCCUCCAGGCAUUGUGAAUCUACUGUAUGCUUCUCCACAGACAAACUGCGCACAUAUCUGAGGGAGAGAGAGAUUAAGCGAGAGCAAGUCCGCACCAAGGUGGAGAUGGAAGGUCAUUCCACCACCGUGGUACAAGGGCAGAAAAGAGACGUGGCCGAGUGGAACGGCUGCCAGGUUCCCAAAGUGAGGGGACCGCCAGCUGCCCAGAGGAGGUUGAGCGAAGAGAGAGUGGUUGGAGUCUGGUCGUCCAGGGUCACGCCCAGGUUUUUGGCUGACCUGGAGGGGGUCACCACAGAACCCUCAAUGGUGAUCGGAGUGUCGAUUGUUGGGGAGCUCUUAGCUGGAAAAAAGUCUUCUCCAGAUUGA